AUGGGUCGCGAUCCGCUUCAUCCAGCUGUUCUUGGCCGUGGCCAUUCUCGGCCUGUCGGCCUACACCACACCAUCAACGCAACCCCAACGGCCGCCGCUACCAACGGCCUGGGCCUCUUUACGGCCCUCGUAACCAUCAUCGUCAGCAUCUGGCUCGUCUGCGCGCACACCUGCUCGCCCCGCGCGUACAACUACUGGGCCGCCCUCUUCUUCGACCUCUACCUGUACAUCUUCUGGCCGGCCACCUUCUCGCUCGCCGCCGUCUGGGCCGGCCUCAUCUUUGCCGCCGGCACGGUCCGCCGCUCCGGGCGGUCCCCGUACAGCUUCUGCGAUGACCACUUUGACAAGUACGACGAUGCCGCCCACUACAGCAAGUACUGCGCCGGCGGCAGCAACGUCUACGGCGCCAACCACAAGGUCUUUGGCGGCGUGGUCGCUGGCAUCGCCGGUCUCGGCGCCAUCGAAUUCCUGUUGUUCUUCAUCUCGUGGGUGACGGAUGCCGUCGUCAUCUACCGGCACCGUCGGAGCGGCGGCCGCGCGCGGGCCGGUCGUGCUGGGUCCGGGACGGCGCCGUACCAGCUCCAGAUGCAGCCGCAGACCGGGACUGACUACCACGCUGUUCCGCAGCAGGGCAUCCCCUUCAACCAGCGCCAGACGGCGUACCAUCCGCAGCAGCAGCAGCAGCAGCAGACAUUUUACCCGCAGGCGCAGCAUUCGGCCCCCCAACAUACGGGCAACGUCUCCGUCCAGGCGCAUACGCCUCCUCCUUCGGGGGUUUAUCCUGCGCCUCAGUAUCCGCCUCACCAGCCUGCGGCUCCUCUCCACCCGACCUACUGA